GACUGUAGCUUCACAUUCGAUGCACAAUUACGGCAGUUUACCUUCAGUGAUCAACAGUGUGGGCGCGCACUUUCUCUUUAUCAGGAUUUGAUCUACAAUGUUACCUUGGCAGUCGUUAGUACCUUUGCCGACAUUUACUGCUUGCUAAAACUGAACUACUACAGAAAGACCGCAGCAAAUUCGAUUCUCUACGUAUUAAUGUUGGUCUCAUUCCAUAUUGCUGAGUGUUUCGAGGGAGUUACAUUACGCUUCAUUCUCACGGUAAUCGCGUGGCAAAUAUGGCUCGGAUCAACC